GACGAAGUAGUUGUGUAUACUGUGAUUACUAUCCGAUAGAGAAAUAGCCACCAUGAAAGACAGAUAGGGCGUGUUUUGCUGCGAUAAAACACAAACAACCGCUGCAACGCAAAAGAAAAAGCAGUCAGCGCGGUGAACAGCAUUUCUGCAUCUUUUUCUGAUGCUGCUUUGAGAGGCGAGGCUGACAAACCAGCAGUCAUGAACGAGAAUUUCGACCGAGCUCCCGGUGCAGGGAGAGCCCGAAAUCUUCCAGCAGACCCCGGACUCGUGGUGACCGGGGACGGUGACACCAAAGCCACGCUUUUCAACCAAAGGGAACCGCUGAGGCAGCCGCGAACAUCCCCGCCUUUCGCCGAGAACAACAUUAGCACAGCCAGCGAUGUGGCUAGUGGAGAUUUUAAAAGACAAAGCAAACCCCAACAAAGUGCAAAUGCCAACAGUACGUCUGCCUCUAGAAGGUGUAAUGAAGUUGAUUCUGUGGUCAAGUCUUCAAAGCUUUCAGCCAGUGCCCCAGAGUUUGUCCCCUCUGGAAUGAACCCUUAUGAAGACCCUGCUUAUUAUGAUGACGAAAGCUAUUACGGUGAACCGACCUUGGCGGAUAUGGUCACAGAAUUCCUUGGCCACCUGAGCUCUUCGCCGGGGUCCUUUGAGUCGGAUAUUGAAUACAUAACUAGCGUUAUCAAUUCCUGGGUUACUACUGAAGAGCUGUUGCUUGAGCUGGUCGAACUGAUAUACACACAGUCUACUGCCAUUCCAAACUUUGCUUACACGGGUGCCAGGCUGUGCAACUACUUGUCCCAUCAUCUCACUAUCAGCCCACCAAGUGGAAACUUUCGUCAGCUGCUCCUGCAAAGAUGUCGAAAAGAGUUUGAACAGAGGGAUGUAGCUGUUCGAGGAGAUGCAGAAGCUCAGAAGAAACUCCACUCGUUUGUGCUCUUUUUGGGAGAGCUCUAUCUUAACCUGGAGGUAAAGAGUGGGAAAAGACCUCCUAAUCGAGCAGAUAUCCUCCUGUCUGCUCUGAAUGACCUGAUGAACAGUCUGUUUGAUAAUCCUGUGGAUGCAAAUCUCAUCUGUGCUGUCAAACUGCUUAAGCUGACAGGCUCUGUCUUGGAUGAUGCGUGGAAAGACAGUGGGAAACAACACAUGGAAAAACUGAUCCAAAGAAUAGAAACUAUUCUACUGGAUGCUACCUGCAGCAGGGAUGUCAGACAGAUGCUUCUGAAACUAGUGGAGUUAAGAUCUAGUGACUGGGGCAGAGUCCGUGCUGCUGCAGCAGCCAGCAACGCCACACCAGACAAUGACCCCAACUACUUUAUGAAUGAACCUACGUUCUACACAGAAGAUGGAACUCCAUUUACAGCAGCAGACCCAGAAUAUGCUGAGAAAUAUCAAGAGAUCAUGGACAGGCAGGACUAUUUCCAUGAUGUUUAUGGAGAAAAUGGAAAUGAAAUAUAUGAAGACUCUGAAGAUGAGAUGGAGCCUGAGAUGGAAGAAGCUUUUGAGAAUUUUUGUUUAGAAUCAGAGAGGAAACGACAACAAUGACGUGAGAGUGAGAAUCUGUGAGACUCAAAAGGCAUAUACUGUACCUUUCCCACUCAAGUUGCUGGAUUAUUGAAAGGCGAAGGAAACUAGCAUCAGAUAGGUUCAAACAUUUAUUUUACUGCAAACAAGCAUUUUAACAAAAAGCUGUUCAUAGUUGCACUUCUGACACCUUUUUCAGUCAGUGUUGAUUAGAAAAUGGGGACAAUCAACGGGAUAAUUGUUUGAAACAUUAAGGUAUUAACAGGGAAGUUCUCUCUUGUUUUGAAUUCUUUCAGAAAGUUUUUUCCUUUACGCGUAAACUGGAUGCCAAGAGGAAAUGGUGUGCUGUGGAUUUUUUUAAAGAGUUAAUUUCUGAAAUGCAGAUAAGUUUCAUCAAAUGUGUGCAUUGGUUGUUCAAUACUAAUUAAUGCCCCAUGCCUAAACCGCAGGCCAAAAAAUAUAAAUCAUUCAACAGAGAUGCAUAAUCUUAAUGUGAAAUGUACCGUGGAUGGGUGAGAUGGUUGUUUUACUACAUACCUAUCUAUAUACAAUGCAUAUAUACAGCCUUUAUCUCCACCAUUGUUAACUUGUGUCUCUUGUCAGGUUGCCAAUAUGAAACACUAUAUUCAAGGCUAUUCAUCUGUUAAACUGGCUGCAGUGAACCUAAGUGGUCAGGAACUGUGAAAGGCUGUGCAGUUUGGAAAAUUCAAUACUUGCUGUAAAUUCAGUCACAAACUGGGAAUAUAGACAAACCCUUUUUUUUAAAUCUUUCUGUGGUUAAAGUCAACAUUUUAAGAAAUUUUAGGUAAAUGAUUCAAAAUUCUGAGAAUGCAGGGCAUCUGAAUACAGUUUAUUUCCUGAAUGUAGCUUUAAAUAUCUACACAUUUUGCAGUUAGAAGCGGUCAGUGCAACUGCAAAAAGUAUUCAUUCUUAUCCAAGACUGAAAGACUGUUUACCCCCAAUCCAUGGAACCCAUAAAAAGGAAUGUUGUUUUAUAGUUUGUAAAUAUUAUUUAUGGUAUUGUUUGCCUGCAAUAAAUUCUUUAUAAUGUGA